AUGAACCAAUGGAAACAGCGUCUGCGAGCAGUUGUGGACCAGAAUGGAGGACCCGAUCGAACAUCCCUUCAUCGAGAGGAACCAGAGCCGACUUUCGUGGACAAAAUCGAGAACCAGACGGUACCAGCCGGACGAGAUGUGGUCUUCUCUUGCAGGGUGACCCGAUUGGGGUCGUACAAGGUGGCAUGGAUCCACGCGAAGCAGGCGGCGAUAUUAACGGUGAAGAGCCACGUGAUCACGCGGAAUCCUCGAAUCAGCGUGACUCACGGGGAGACUCACCUGGCUUGGCAUCUUCACAUCACGGAUGUCCAGCCCAGUGAUGCCGGCGGCUACAUGUGUCAGAUCAACACGCUACCACCCAAGUCGAUAACUGCCUUUCUUCACGUCGUCGUGCCCCCGGAGAUCGUGGACACGGAGACGAGCAAGGACUUGAUAGUGCGUGAGAAUAGCAACGUCAGUCUGACAUGUAAGGCCAGUGGUUCUCCUCCGCCGAGUGUCUACUGGGAACGACAGGAUGGGGCCCACAUCACCCUCAAUCGGACUCACUCCGUGCUUCGAUUCGACGGUGAAGUGGUGAACUUGGUGAAGGUGGAUCGGAAGGACAUGGGUGUUUACCUUUGCAAGGCCCAAAACGGCGUUCCCCCCAUCAGGACCAAACGUGUGAAAGUGAACGUCGACUUCCCCCCGUACCUGUGGAUCCAGCACCAGCUGGUGGGAGCACCCUUGCAUGCGACGGUGACUCUGGAGUGCCAGACGGAAGCGCACCCUGACUCCAUCAACAGUUGGACCAGGGAAGACGGAAAUAUGAUCACCGCGGACCGGCGAGAUGCCAAGUAUACCAUCGACGUCAUAACUACCGGCCAGAACUCGUAUCAGAAGCGGAUGCAGCUCACGAUUCAUGAUCUGCAAAAGACCGACUUCGGCACGUAUCACUGCCUCGCCAAUAACUCCGCCGGGGACACCCAGGGUUCCAUCACCCUCGAGGAGAAGCCGUCGCCAUUGACGACGGAGAGCCCUAAAGCGACGAGUCCCGACGUGAAGGGAGUCUGGGGAACGGAUGAAGAGACGAAUGACAUCUACCAUGUCCAAGAUCGCGACAAGCCACACGAGAACGGAGGGAAGAGGAUGGGAGAAGAGGAUGACAUCCACCGCCAGACGUUCCAACGAAAGAGGAAAAAGACUCACAAGACCCAGACAGACUACUUAAACUCCACCGACCGAGCAGGGUCCGUGGAAUCGGGAAACGUAAUGAAAUUGCUCCUCCCGGUCCUCGUCGUCUCAUCGUCAGGUAUCCUCCUAUCGUAGAAUCGUUUCAGAGACGUGAUCCUUUUUCCGAAGAAAUUCUUCCCUCAUAUCAAAUCGAGCCUUUUUUGCCCGAAUGUUUCCCCUCAGAAGCGGAAGAGAUCUUCACGAUUCAAAACAGAUGUUAAACCCUAGACCCAGUAUGAUGCCUGUGAUAAGCUGGACUUCUGUUAGUCUUAUUUAAAGUUUAGCAGGUAGAAAUUUUAGACUUUCCUCUGAUGUACUCUGACUUCAUCUCGAUUUUUAUCCAUGGACAAGGUAUUUGAAAAAUCCUCAUGAUAUAGUUCGUCUAGUCCCCCAGUGGUCGCAUGGAAGGAGAAUUUGGUUUUGCAAUAAAGUG